CACACAAAAUUUUUAUAUUUGGUGACAGGCUGACAGCUGUGUUUUCGUUUUGUCUUCGCUCGAUAGUAAUAAAUAUAAUUUCAUAAAUAAAUUGUUAUGUUUUACAUCUCUAAAUAGUAGGAAAUAAUCAAAAUGACGAGAACGCUUGGAAACACUGAAAAGCGAUUUUCCAUUGACGAUGCAUUCGAAGAAGAAACUGAUGAAGCCAUCAAAGUGUAUGGUGCUACCGUUGAUAGGUCUCCGAUACAAAACAAAUUUAAGAAUGGAGGCGAUUUUAUUUCAAGUAAAACCUAUAAAUAUACUGAAGAUACAACAUCUCGAGACUCUGAUUCACUCAUACAUGAAUAUGUAGAAGCUUCACAAUCUCUAUAUUGCUGGAAUCACCCAAAGGUCCGGGAAAAUUGGAAAACAGUAUGUGCUGCUGUAAUACUACUUAUAGUUGGAGUUGGUUUACUUGGCAUGUGUGCCUUUGCUGUAGCUGAACCGGAGAAUGGUCUACAAGGCGCUGUGUUUUUUGUAGCUGGCAUGAUUUGCUUUGUCCCUGGAGCUUAUCAUGUAGUUUACAUUUGGCUUGCUGCAAGAGGACAAAGAGGGUAUGAUUUCUACCACCUGCCUUUAUUUACUUGAUUAUUUUUUAUGGAGAUGUAAAAUCAUAAAAUUAUGUGUUGUGUUCUUAAGGUUGACUGAUAUAUAUAACAAGCUCUCUAUUGCCCCUCAACUUGUAGAGUUGUACUUUUUUAGCGGAAUUUACAGGAUAAUAAUAAAUACUGCAAAUUAAGUAAUUAGUUUAGAGCCAUUGAUUAAACAGAUCACUUAAUACUUUUUCCUCUAUUAAAAAAAUUAAGUUGGGUAGCUAUUGAUAAUUGUUAAAGGAUCACAAAUAUGUAUCUAAAUUCUGGAAUAGUUUUCUAUGCUAUGAUGAUAAUAUUCUUUAUGUAUAGUUUGUAUUAAAGUGCCUAUAAACUAUAUACAUUGAAUCUUUUGUUACUCAAAUAAAAUUAUUGCAUAAUGUUAUAAUAUACUGGGAGAAUGAAUUGUUUAAGUUUACCUUGAUUUUCAAGUCAUAUAGUUUUAAUAAAAUACUAUUGAUCUCUAUUAAUAAAAAAAAGUUUAAUUAAUUCAAUUAUUUUCGAAUUUUAUUAGUGUUUAAGUCAGUCAUUGUCUCCUCUUGUUUUGUCAUAAAUUGUAUCUAUGAAAUCUGAUAAAAAUUAAUGAUAAGCAAAAUCUAUAUAUGAAUUACAUAAUUUAUUAAAGAAUAUUUAUUAUAUAUAUAUAGGAUAUUUUGAAAUUAUGCUAAAUAAAAUACUUCAAUAGUAAAGAAAUGAUCUGGUGUUUAAACUACACAUAAUUAUUUAUUUUGAUUUAUGCAAAUGUGCAGACUUUUGAUGUAUUAUUACUGCUUAAAUAAAGUCAAAAUGUUAGGAAAUGUAUUUCAUAAAAAUAAAUUAAUGGUUUCAUAUAACAAAGGCUAUAUUGUUAGUUGCAAUAGAGCACAUAUAAUUUAAUUGAAUGUGUUGAAUCAUGCUUUACAUCCAUGAGUUUUCUGUAACAAGUUUUAUCUUGAUUCAAAUUUAAAAUAAUAGUAUUUAUACAUAUUGUAAUUUAUUUUUUUGUUUUCCAUUAAGUUGCCAAGCUUCAGACCUUAAUGACAGUAUCAUAAUUAAGUAAGUCACUUUUUUCCUUACUUAAAUACAUGCCAUAUUCAACAUAUAAUGUUAUUUUAUCUAUUAUUUUUAUCCCAGUUACCAAUACCUAAAAUAUUAUGUGACAAAUGGUUGUGUUAUUAAAACACAUCUAUAUUUACUAACUCAUAUUCAAUUAUGUACACUAAUAAUUUGAUUCUGCAUAUUAUAUAACUUUUUGUAUUAAUCUAGGUUAUUGUGUAAAUAUAUUAUGUUUAGUCAA